AUGGCAACUCUAGCAAAUUCAUCAGCGAAACAACAUUGGAGCUACUUUCUAAAUGGUCUUGAGCAAGCAUCACAAUGGCCCAAGACAUUCAUCUCCUUUUACACAUCUUCAAGCAUCCAAAAGGCAAUGCUGACUACAUUCUUGUUGAACGGCGUUGUCUUUUUGGGCGGUCAAGUCUUUCUAGAGACAUUCUAUCCUACUUCAAAGCUUUUGGGAUGUUCCUAUGUUAGCUUGCUGGGUGUUCCAAUGUAUUUUGUAUUGCUCGGCGUCAAUGGCAAGUUCUUUGGUAGAGUAGCUGAGAAAGCAUAUCAGAUUCAAGCGAGACAAACCAAGCAAAAUGUACCUGCACCAACCACUGUUUCAAGUUUGGCUUCGACUAUCUUGACCACUAUUCUAUACAUCAAUUGCGGCAUCUUUGCAACUCUCUUAUCCAAAAUACCUCAUGUCGGUCGCUUGCUGUCAUUCUUGAUGAAUUGCAUCAUCUUGUCUUAUUACUGUUUUGAAUACCAAUGGGUAUAUAAGGGUUGGAACAUUGAAAAGCGUUUAUCUUAUAUGGAGAAGCAUUGGUCUUUCUUUUUAGGAUUUGGAUUUCCCGGAACCAUCUUUACCUUUUUCCUUUCCUUCCUUCGUUCGGGUGCCGUAUUUGCUCUUAUUUACCCCUGCUUCAUUAUCAUGGCCAUGAUGGCUGUACCCAAGGCAACUACACCCUACAGUCAAACCAUGGCAUCAGGCGCAGAUGCUCAAUCCGAAUGGACAUUGCCUAACCGCAUUCCCGUCUUUUAUCCUGUUAGAAAGUUAAACGAUGGUGUGAUUUUACUUGUUCGUUUGGUAGGUGGUGUUCAUGCCGAUUCCAUUGUCAGCGAAAAGAAGAAUGCUAGUAUCAAACAAGAAUAA